AUGAGGGUUCACAAACCAGAAACGAGGACUAAUUGCGAGGCGAAGUUCUCCAUAUACCUUGACAAGAGUGCUUCUCUGUGGCGAGUAAGGAAAAUUGAAAAUAAGCACAAUCAUGACUUGACCCCUAGUUGCAUGGUGCAUUUGAUUGUGAAGUAUCGGUCACUCACGGAUGCUGCCAAAGCUCAGAUAGAUGGGUUGAACGAGUGUGGAAUUUCGACAGCAAAGACUGUACGAUAUAUGGCCGGGAUGGCUGGAGGAUACUCGUUGGCUGGCUUCUUGAAGAAGGAUGCCUAUAAUCACAUUGCUAAAAGAAGGUGUGUAACGAUUGCGGAGGGCGAUGCAGAAGUUGCGCUUGCAUAUUUAGAAGGUAAGAUAGAAUCGGAUCCGAUGGCCAUGGCACGGUACAGUUUGACCGAUGAGGGAAUGCUAGGUAAUAUGUUUUGGGCCGAUAGGGGCAGCCGAGUUGAUUACCAGUACUUCGGGGAUGUCCUUGCGUUCGAUGCGACAUACAAAAAGAACAAGUAUAGGCGGCCAUUGGUAAUCUUCUUAGGGGCCAACAACCACAAGCAGACCACUAUUUUCGGUUUUGGUUUAGUAAUGGAUGAGACAUUUGAUUCGUAUAAGUGGAUAUUGCAGAAUAUGUUGGAGGUGAUGUGCAUGAAGGAGCCAUCAGUGGUUGUUACAGAUGGGGAUGAGGCGAUGCGUAAAGCCAUAGCUUUAGUAUUUCCGAAGGCCACCCACCGCUUAUGUGCAUGGCAUUUUCAGAAAAAUAUCACGGCCAACGUGAAGGAGCCAUCACUCCGAUCACGAUUUAACCGAUCGUUAUAUGUGGACAUCGAGAUUCGUGAAUUCUUGACUGAGUGGGAUCUAGCGGUUGAAGAGUUCAAACUUCAAGAUAGCCUAUGGGCGAGGCAGGUGUUUGGUAAGAAGGAAAUGUGGGUGAAUGUGUAUCUGAAGAAUAAAUUUUGCGCCGGGUUUAGGACCACAUCUCAAUGCAAAGGUAUAAACGCUGUGGUCAAAAAUUUCCUUCAAUUGAAGCAUACUAUUCUUGAGCUUGUGCAGAACCUGGAGCUAAUGGUACGUGAUUAUCAGAAUAACGAGCUUCUAGCCCAGUUCAGAACCAUUGACACUUUCCCAGUAAUGACGANNNNCGAAAGAAGUAUUUGCAGACGUGAAACGAGAGAUUGA